AUGGGUGAAGAAUUUGAUGAGUCGGAAGUGACUUUUGCAGAUGUAGAAGCACAAAGUAUAAAAGAAAGUCACAAUGAAUUGCAACAUCAUAAGUUAGAGACCAAACGCAAAAAGAAGAAACAUUCGGCUCCAAUCACUAUUCCGAAGAAUAUAUCACAUGUUCGAUAUGUGGAGUCUGAUUUGUUCGAAGAUGAUUACGAAUUUGAGAAAAUAGUGCCACCCCAUGUAAUAUUGGCGCGGAGAGUUGCAAGAGAGGUAGGAUUUUCAUUUUGUACCGAAUAUCGCAAGGCUUUGACCGGGAAGGAUUUGAUUCAAGUGAGGGAUUUGAUUUUUAGGCUCUUGAAAUUUGAUUGA